GGCACUUUGAUGCUGCCCUGAGCAUAGUUUUUUUUUGGGGGGGGGGUGUUCCAUCUUCUGGAAUCACUUCUAAAUAGUCCUAAUUGGAACAGAGAUCCUGGAAAAUCUCAUUAUAUUAAAGAUCAUCUUAUUUUUUGAUUAAAUAGUGUAACCCAACUAGUCGUGGUUGAACUUUAAAACAAGUCAUUAUUACAGAAAGAAAACAACUUACUUGUGAAUACUUAGAUAUUGUGGGUCUCGAGAGGCUAUCAUUCUUUUCCCAAAUAUGUAAAAUGAUCACAUUUUGAAGGAAGAGAAAAAAAAAGAGUGUUAUUUCUACUGUUCUGGGAAAUCAGUAUUUACUAGAUGAUGAGACAGUAGCCGACUGAACGUUUUGCUAACGUGGGAAAUUUUAGGAUGAUCCUGAUUGGAAUUCUGCUUGGACUCAGUACAGUAUUAGCACAGAAAGAUUUUCACUAAGAUGUAAUCUAGAUUCAAAUGAAUGAUUUUCCCGCAAUAAUCCAAACACACUCAAAACGUUUUCAAUUCUCACUUAGCCAAUAGCUGUGAAAAAGAGCGCUUGCUGUCAAUUAAAAUGCAAAACCACCCACAACUACUUCGAAGACCUUUACCUCCCAAACUCCCUAAACUGCCUUUAAGUAAGAAGAAAGUCCCUACAGCCAAGACUGGUAAAACUGAGCCAAAACAUGUAAAGUUCACUCAUGAUGAAACCACUUUAAUUCAAAGAAGGAAAACUAGUUUUCCUGAUGUUGUUUCAGGAGAUCAAUCACAAGCCCUUGUCAACAUCCAAAAUCUCUUUCUCGAUCAUUAUAUACAAGAAAGAGUGACUACUAUUUCAAUAUCCAGGAAAUCCAAGAAGAGUGCCUCCUGGCACAUUCCAGAGACUGCUACUGGUUCCAUAUUCUUUCCAAGCUCUCAUUCAGCCUCAAGUCGAAUUUUUAGGAAAGAAACAAGCCAAAUGAAAAUUUCAAGAAAAUCAAAAGAAGCGGCAUCAAAAAUUACAAAUAUUUAUUUUGGUGACAUGUUCAAAGACAUUCUGAUUCUCUCCGGACCUUCAAGCACCACUUCUCAAGCUAUUACUCCCAAACACAAGAAAGUUGGCUCUGAGUAUCUAAUAUCAUCAAAGGAUAAAACCUAUACUUUUAAGCAACAACUGGUAGGUCCGCGUGCAACAGUGCCAAGCCCUGUACCAAGACUUAUGCAUGUUAAAACUGAAAGAUGGUGGUCUCCACAGUUUAAAGAAAAAACUGCUGUGAUACUGAGUAUUACUCAUUUUCCAGGUCUCAUCUCCAUACCAUCACCAGUAUUGCCAAGAAAACCUCACAGACAGUCUUUGUUAGAAACUCAAGUAACAGAGUCUGAAAAUCUAGAAAGUGCUCCAAGGCAAAUCACGCCAAGCCUUUCUGAAGGUAUCAUUAAAUCUAAAAACCAGGAAGACUCACAGGCACAUGUUAUACAUGGUGGAGGUCUUAAGACUAUUAAUGUAACACGAUAUGAAACUAUAAUAACUAUGACCAACUUUGCCAUAGUAAACUGUCAAAUAUAUGGAAGAAAUGCACUUAAACUUAAGGGCUUUUUUCUCAUGAACUGUCCGGACUUAACGCCUUUGGCUUCCCAGCUGAUAUAUCUUAACUUAUCCUUUAAUGACAUCAGUCACUUCCCCACAGAAGUAUUUUGUCUUAAAAAUUUACAAAUACUAUUGCUGAGAAAUAAUCCUAUCAAAGAAAUCCCUUCUGAAAUUCAACAACUUAAGUUCCUUAGAAUUUUCAGCAUUGCCUUUAAUUUGAUUACUACUCUUCCACCUGGGUUAUUCUCAUUGUCCCAUCUUGAGGAACUUGAUAUUUCCUACAAUAGUAUUGAUUCUAUUCCAAAUGAAAUCCAGAAACUCAGAUCACUUGAAAAACUGAAUGUUGAUGGGAAUGAUCUAACGAGUUUUCCUCCUGCGAUUUUGAAGCUUAACCUGAAAAAAAUCCAAUUUGAGAAUACUUACACUCAUCCUAUUCUUUGGAAAGAAAAUUCAUUGAAUAGCCCACAGCAUCUCACUCAACUUACUUCUUUUUUCUUUUUAAAAAAUAAUCUACAUAAACAUUACGAUACGAUCCCAGUGGAAAUUCAAAAGCUACUAAAAUGCACAUCUAGAUGUGAAUGGUGUAACGGUCCCAAGUUUGGUGAAGGUUUUCAAGUCAUCCGAUCCUAUGAUGUUUCUGGAGCAACGCACCUUCCUGUUUUGUUUCAUGUCUGUUCUUCUUCCUGCUACAGAAAAGUGAAAGAAAGCAGUUUUUUUUCAGAGAAUAUUCCUAGUGGAAUAAUAGUCUAAAUUCUGAGUUGAUAAGUCAUGUGAUCAUUUAGGAGUCCCGCUUUAAAAGCCAUUAAGGUUUAGGGACAUAGUAAUUCAUUUCUUUGAGAGUAUAGGUUCUAUUUUCUGUAACUCUUCUUUGUAAUCCCAGCCAGUUCUGGAAAAAGUUUGUGACUGUUUAGGAAUUGUUGCAGAAUAAUUACUUAAGAAGGAAUAGUUAAAGGUCUUUGGAUUUCAGCAAAGAUCUAGAAAAUUUCAUUCAGAGCAUGUUUACCAGAAAACGAGAAAUGAUGGAAAACUUUGCAGAAGAGGGUUUAUCUUACAACUGGCAUUUUCGUGCACCCAUUCCAAGUAGUAAGCUAGCUUUUUAAAGUCAUCAGUGGGGUUUGUGCCACAUAUGGACUCGAAGUCAAGUAUCCAAGUUCUCUUGGUGAAUUUCGGUGGAAAUCUGUCCAGUGCCAACCAUUUCAAUUGUUGAUUGUUUAAGGGAAUAAAAGACCCAUUCCAGCCCUGUAUUUAGUUAUUUGAAUUCAUCACCCAGGCUCUUAGGAAAUUGGUGCAAUCUCUGGUCAGUUAUCCUGACCUUCAUCUCACAAAACCUGAUUCCAUAGGCCAGUGCCAGGAUUCAACAGCCUUUGAUGAUAGCCUGGCAAGAAGAUAAAGUAAAACUUACAAAAUUACAUUCCAGAGCAACGUAUGAAUACAGUAGAACUUGAGACUUGAAGAAUUAGUGUUUGAUAAGAAGAAGGUAAAAGCAUUUUGAUAUUCAAAUGACUAAAUUUUAGAAUGGCAUAGAAAUGUUUCAUAUUUGGCAUAUUUUUAUGUGCACUUAAAUCCAAAAUAUCAUUACUAAUGAUGAAACUUGAUGAAAUCAAAUGAAAUUUAUACAGGAGUCUUAUCUUUAGAGAAUAUCAGAAAAUACACAUUAUGUCAGGUGUAUGUGUGUGUUUCAUUCAGUACUAUUCAAAUCAAAGAUAGGAUAAGCCAGGCAAAAUAUUUUUUUCUGACUAUUGAUUUCAAUAAAUUGGGAUACUCA